AUGACUACAAGAGUUUAUGACUUCACAAGAAUUAAUCCUCUAAAAGUUCAUUGGUCUGAGUUGGAUGAGGAUCCAGAAGAAUUUAUUGACGGAAUUCAAAUAAUUGUUAAUAUCAUGGAUUAUAGAGCUCGUAUGAGCAAGUCUGACUCUAACAUUUCGUACAUGGUUAUGAAAAAAUAUAGAAUCGCAAUAUUGAUCAAAGAGAUGGAUAUCUCAAGUCAGCCUGUGAUGCCUACUGGGUACCUCAAUUCCGGUACUCAUACUACACUCUACAUUUGUUUCGUGAAGCAGGACCAAGGGCUAGAUACCCGGGCAGACUUGGAGUUACUUGAUAUGUUUGAUUUUGACUCUAUUAUGGGUAAGGAUUGGUUGGCUCCUCAUCAAGUAGUUUUGGAUUGUUAUGCCAAGACUAUCACAUUAGCUAUCCCGGUUUGUGAUAUAUCAGCUAAGGCUCCUCCUAUUAGUUCAGUCACUGUGGCCUAUGAGUUUCUAGAUGUGUUUUCUACUGAUUUGCAUGGGUUACCUCUAGAGAGGGAUGUUGAUAUUGCCAUAGAGGUGGAGCCGGGAAAUAAGCCCAUUUUUAUUCCUCCUUAUCGAAUGGCCUCAGUUGAGCUUAAAGAGCUCAGUGUUCAAUUUCAGGUUCUUCUAGAUUAG